AUGAACAAAGAAGCACCGCUCUCCAUUUCUGAGCGCGAUUUCAUCGUCAAUGCUCUGCGCGAGAACGUGAGACUGGACGGCCGCCAGCUCGACCAGUUUCGUUCUUUGAGCGUUUCCUUUGGCGAGGAAUACGGACAUGUGAAGGUCCAGCUUGGCAAGACGAGGUUGAUCGUACGCAUAUCCUCGGAAGUCACAAAACCUCACGAUGAUCGUCCCUUCGAUGGGACCUUUAAUAUCACCAUGGAGCUGACUGCCAUGGGCUCUCCGGCUUGGGAUAAUGGCCGACAAGGAGAUCUCGAAACCUACGUUACGAACGUCCUCGACCGAGUCGUCCGCCAUUCGAACGCUCUCGAUACGGAAUCGCUAUGCAUUCUCAAGGGCGUGAGUUGCUGGGGCGUGCGCGCGGACGUCCACAUCACUGACUACGACGGGAACCUGAUUGAUGCGGCCUGUAUCGGUGUUAUGGCGGGACUGCAGCAUUUCCGUCGUCCCGACGCGGUAGUGAAGGACGGCCAGGUGAUCGUCUACGGACUCGACGAACGGGUUCCGGUACCGCUGAACAUCACGCACAAGCCGCUCUCCGUCACCUUCCAUACCUUUGACGAGGGCAAGGUGGUGAUCGCGGACGCCACGCGGAAGGAAGAACAAGCGUCGGAGGCGGAUGUCAUCAUCGGCAUGAAUGGCGCCGGCGACGUCUGCUUCCUGUCCAAGUUCUCCGGAUCGCCCGUGGAGGCCAUGGUGUUUGUUAAGAAAACCGAUCUGGCGCUGGAGAAAGUCAAGGAGAUUAACGCGAUCGUCGACAAAGCUCUUCAAGCCGAUCUUGCGAAACGGGCCAAGGGUGGUCUGGCGGAGCAAUCCCGCGCAGAGAAUGAUCGGUGA